UCGAUCCGGCGAUAGAUUCAGUGAAGCUCUGCUCUUGCUGCGGUGAUUGCAAUUCUCUCAGAAUAAGCAUGUGAGCUCACCUAUCAGUCCGUAAAUAGUGUGGACAGCCCCAUAGCUACCAACGAUCAACAUUUUUUUUUUCCCUGCCUAAGCUGAUAGCCUUGAGAGGCUAUUUCAGCGUAACCAUAACUAGUAGGUGAGCCCACGGGGCUCAAACCGGAGUGAUCAUAUAUUUGAGAGGAGUGAUGGUGUAGACUGGGAGAGGCCUAUGUCCAGCAGUGGACGACUGUGGGCUGUUGAUGAUGAUGAUGAUGAUGAUGCUAACACUGACCCUAGCAAGAGCAGUGCUUCGCAGAAUCUACCACCGGAUCGGAAACGCGACCCACUGAGAAGAUCCGGCGAGAAACUCCGUGGGCUGUGUCUAUUGGUUAAUUCGCUCGUCGAGCCCUUCGUCGCAAGCGACGGGUUCGACGAGGACGGUGACCGGUGCCUGUGGUGCCUAAAAGCACCGUUAAUGGAUCGGGAGGCCAACGGUCGGUCAACUCAACGGUGAGAUAAGAAAAAAAAGAUCGAAACAAUGUACGGUACUUUAGUUUUAUUGACGUGAAUGACCUCUAUUAUAUUAUCACUUCUUAAAUAUGAAGCUUAUUGUCUACGCUUCAAAUUCCUGAAAUAUUUUAUGAACAAAUUCCAACAUUCCCUGGACUUCGAUAAAAUAGAUAACAUUCAAUCAAGUGAUUUGACAUUUCAACUUCAUAAAUGCUUAAUUGUAAGUACCUACCUACCUACCUACUUAAUCAUAGAUUAUACACUUAAUAUAUUCGAGAUACUUAAUUAUUUGGUCGAAAUACGGGCUAGUGUUUUUAUUAAGCUGGAUUUUUAAAUAAUAAUAUUCAUUCAUUUUACACGAAAUAAUUAACAUUUAAAACUAUUGAAUAUAUUUUAAUCGUCGAUUCAUUUCAUUCAGAAUGAAGCAUAAAUAAGUGUUUUGCAGUUCGUUGUAGUUUGUACCGUCAGUCAAAGUACAAAAUUAAUUGGAGCGCGUUUUGCGCUAAGCAGAAUUUUUGUAGGAAAAUGGAAAAAGAAAAUAACACAGUGCCUUCUGAUGAUGUACUAAAACAGUACUUCCCGGAUUUGCCGUCCGGUCCUUUGGAAAAAUUCAGGAAAAGGGCCAGUUUUGAUUGGCGUCGAAUGAAAUUUAUUUAUGAAAAUUUCAACACAAUAAAAUUGAAACAUGAAUUCUACACAUUUAUGGAGAACCAUACCUUGUUUCACCACUCUGAUGUCACCCCAAGCUUGGAUGAGCAGAGGCAUAUAGCAACGAAAAGGAUGUAUGCAAUAUACAAUGAAAAUUUUUUACCAUUUGAAAAGAUAGCUGCAGAUCCCAAAUGCUUUCAAGCAGAAUCGGAAGCAUUGUUCAUGUUUGACAGUUCAUUAGCUGUGAAACUUUCGCUCACAUUCCGCAUGCCCAGCAAUGCUAUAACUGGUAGCGGCAGAGACUAUCAUUACCCACUUGUUGAGGCACUGUCCAAAGCGGAGAUUGGUGGAUGUUUCGCUCUCACUGAAGUGUCCCACGGCUCUAAUGCUAAAGGCAUGAGAACGACUGCCACGUAUUUACCAGAGAAGAGGCAGUUUGUGUUUCAUACUCCUGAUUUUGAAGCUGCUAAAUGUUGGGUGGGAUGUUUAGGGAAAUGCGCAACUCACGCCAUUCUUUACGCAAUGUUGGUGUCGAAAGGAACAAACUAUGGUUUGCACUCUUUCGUUGUACCCAUUCGUGAUCCGAAGACCUUAAAACCCUACCCUGGAGUGUUCGUAGGGGACCUGGGCGAAAAGAUCGGACUGAACGGGGUUGAUAAUGGUUUCGUAAUGUUCAACAAGUACCAUUUGCCCAAAGAAGUAGCUUUGGACAAGCUUGGGGGCGUAGAUGACAAUGGCGACUAUAAGACUCCGAUCAGAGACCCUAAAAAGCGACUAGGAGCUUCGCUUGGCAUCCUCUCCGGCGGCAGAGUCCAUAUAACCGGCAUAUCAACCUUCUAUCUGUUGAAAGCUAUCGUGAUUGCUAUUCGGUACUCAGCCGUGAGGAGGCAGUUCGGGCCCGAGGGUUCUGAUGAGGAGACGCCGGUACUGGAGUAUCAGCAGCAGCAAAUAAGACUCCUGCCGUACUUAGCGGCCACGUACGCCAUGAGGAUAUACUCUUCGUGGCUUGGAUACACGCAUAUAAUGAUGACAAUCAACAAAUAUAUGGGCGCGGACGAGGACGCGGGUGCGCGCGGCGCGGAGCUGCACGCGCUGUCGUCGGCCGUGAAGCCGCUGUUCGGCUGGACGGCGCGCGACGGCAUCCAGAACUGCAGGGAGGCCUGCGGGGGACACGGAUACCUUAAGGCGGCGGCGCUGGGCGAGCUGCGCGACGACAACGACGCGAACUGCACGUACGAGGGGGAGAACAGUCUGCUGGUGCAGCAGGCCAGCAACUGGCUGCUGGCGCUGUGGCCGCGCCGACACGCGCCCCCGCCGCACCCGCUGCGCUCCCUCGCCUUCCUGGAGGAGGCGGACCGGCUGCUCGCACAGCAGGCUCCCUGGAACACCGUCGACGACAUCAUCGAGCCCGCUAACUUGGUGCACACUUACAAGUGGCUGACGGCGUUCAUGCUCAAGAUGACGUAUGAGAAGGUGGAGAGGCUGAGGAGCGAGGGCAGGGACCCCUUGCAGGCCAAGAACGAAUCCCAAUCCUUCAACGCGGUCAACUUAGCUAUCGUCUACGCAGAGAACCACGUCCUGAGCCAUUUCUACGAGUCGGCAGCGCAGUUCGCGGAGCCGUCCUGCCGCCGCGUGCUGCUGCGCCUCGUGUCGCUGUACGGAGCCUUCCUCGUCGAGAAGCACCUGGCCACCCUGUACAUUGGUGGGUUCUACUCCGGCAGCCAGGGUUUGGCCUUGCGCGAAGGGAUCCUGCAGCAAUGCGCCGCGCUGUCGCAUGAGGCCGUGGGCCUGGUGGACACGCUGGCCCCACCGGACUUCUGCCUCAAUUCGGUCCUAGGCCAGUCCGACGGAGAGGCGUACAAGCACAUCCACGCGAGCGUGACGUCACGCCCCGACGCCACGAGCCGGCCCGCGUGGUGGCGCGACGUGGUGGACUGGCAGAAUUAUUUGAAGUCUAAGCUGUAAGAUUUUACUGGUUUUUUGAAGUGAAAACUUCUUUAGAAUCAUUGUGAUUUCAAACCGGAUGCAACGGAAAAAACGACAGGUAAGAGACACAAAUACAAAAAUGUGUAGGAUGAAGCCAGCAAAGAAUGAGACAGAAAUAUACAUACUAUUUAAUACAGCGCCAUCUGUGAGAUUUUUUAAUACUAACGUGUGUAUGAAAGCUCUUGUAGUGAAUUUUAAUUUAGGAUUAUACGUGAAAUUAAAAUAUCAAUUCACAGAGGGCGCUACCUUACAAUUAUUUACUAAUGACAAAAUUUUACAUAUACUUAAGACGUUUAGGAUAAUUGUAUUUUAAUUUUGGAAGGUUUCACUUCUACCACGUGUGAAUUGCACACAUGUUUUUUUUUUUUUAUGGAUUUCUUAUGCUUCACUGAUGCCAACAUUAAAUACUCACAGAUGUGACGUUCAUGAUAAUCGCGUGCUAUGAUGGGAACAGAUAGUAUUAAAAUUAUUUUUUUAAAUUAACAAACGAUAUGUUUUGUAAUCAUUUUCACAAUGAAUGUGGUUGUCCUGGUCUAUAUUUGGUAAAUAUUGAAAACAUCACUAAUGCCAGAUUAUUGUUUUUAAAUAUUUAAAAAAAUAUGUUUUUAUUUGCACUUAUUGUUAUGUAUAUUUUAGUGUUUAACGUUAAUUUUAUAUUAAGAAUUUAUAAUCUAUAAUAUUAAGAUACAUUUUUAUACAGGGAUUUUUAUAAUAAAGGAUUUUUUAUAAUGGUU